GGUUCCGCUGAGGCGUGGUAGGAAGUGGCUGCCGUCAAUCACGCGGGGAGACUCCAAACAGUGAGCCUAGAGCUGGAGACUAGCGUUAACCGGCGGGGCGGCCGGUUUUAUGAAUGAAGCUAUGGCUACAGAUUCCCCAAGAAGACCCAGUCGUUGUACUGGUGGAGUUGUGGUUCGCCCCCAGGCUGUCACAGAGCAGUCCUACAUGGAAAGUGUUGUGACUUUUCUGCAGGAUGUUGUGCCACAGGCUUACAGUGGAACACCUCUAACAGAAGAAAAGGAGAAAAUAGUCUGGGUCAGAUUUGAAAAUGCAGAUUUAAAUGAUACAUCAAGAAAUCUGGAAUUUCAUGAAAUACAUAGCACUGGGAAUGAACCGCCUUUGUUGAUUAUGAUUGGCUACAGUGAUGGAAUGCAGAUCUGGAGCGUCCCUAUCAGUGGUGAAGCACAAGAGCUCUUCUCUGUUCGACAUGGCCCAAUUCGAGCGGCCAGAAUCUUGCCUGCUCCACAGUUUGGUGCUCAAAAAUGUGAUAACUUUGCUGAAAAGAGACCCCUCCUUGGUGUUUGUAAGAGCAUUGGAUCUUCUGGCACAAGCCCACCGUACUGUUGUGUGGAUCUGUAUUCACUUCGUACUGGGGAGAUGGUCAAGUCCAUUCAGUUUAAGACACCUAUUUAUGAUCUCCAUUGCAAUAAACGGAUCCUUGUCGUAGUCUUGCAGGAGAAAAUUGCUGCCUUUGAUAGCUGUACUUUCACAAAGAAAUUCUUUGUCACAAGCUGCUAUCCAUGUCCAGGGCCAAACAUGAAUCCUAUUGCUCUUGGGAGCCGCUGGCUUGCUUAUGCAGAAAACAAGUUGAUACGAUGUCAUCAGUCCCGUGGUGGAGCCUGUGGAGACAACAUUCAGUCUUAUACUGCCACAGUCAUUAGUGCUGCUAAAACAUUGAAAAGUGGCCUGACAAUGGUAGGGAAAGUGGUGACUCAGCUGACAGGCACGCUGCCUUCAGGUGUGACAGAAGAUGACGUUGCCAUCCACAGUAAUUCCCGGCGGAGUCCUUUGGUCCCCGGCAUCAUCACAGUUAUUGACACCGAAACUGUUGGAGAGGGCCAGGUGCUUGUGAGUGAGGAUUCUGACAGUGAUGGCAUUGUGGCCCACUUCCCUGCCCAUGAGAAGCCAGUGUGCUGCAUGGCUUUUAAUACAAGUGGAAUGCUUCUAGUCACAACAGACACCCUUGGCCAUGACUUUCAUGUCUUCCAAAUUCUGACUCAUCCUUGGUCCUCAUCACAAUGUGCUGUCCACCAUCUGUAUACUCUUCACAGGGGAGAAACUGAAGCCAAAGUACAAGACAUCUGCUUCAGCCAUGACUGUCGCUGGGUUGUGGUCAGUACUCUCCGGGGUACUUCCCACGUUUUCCCCAUCAACCCUUAUGGUGGCCAGCCUUGUGUUCGUACACAUAUGUCACCACGAGUAGUGAAUCGCAUGAGCCGUUUCCAGAAAAGUGCUGGACUGGAAGAGAUUGAACAAGAACUGACGUCUAAGCAAGGAGGUCGCUGUAGCCCUGUUCCAGGUCUAUCAAGCAGCCCUUCUGGGUCACCCUUGCAUGGGAAACUGAACAGCCAAGACUCCUAUAACAAUUUUACCAACAACAACCCUGGCAACCCUCGGCUCUCUCCUCUCCCCAGCUUGAUGGUAGUGAUGCCUCUUGCACAAAUCAAGCAGCCAAUGACAUUGGGGACCAUCACCAAACGAACCGGGCCUUAUCUCUUUGGAGCGGGGUGUUUUUCCAUAAAAGCUCCAUGCAAAGUUAAACCUCCUCCACAAAUUUCACCCAGCAAAUCGAUGGGCGGAGAAUUUUGUGUGGCUGCUAUCUUCGGAACAUCCAGGUCAUGGUUUGCAAAUAAUGCAGGUCUGAAAAGAGAAAAAGAUCAGUCCAAACAAGUUGUAGUUGAGUCCCUGUACAUUAUCAGUUGCUAUGGCACCUUAGUGGAGCACAUGAUGGAGCCACGACCCCUCAGCACUGCCCCCAAGAUUAGUGAUGACACGCCACUGGAAAUGAUGACAUCGCCUCGAGCCAGCUGGACUCUGGUUAGAACCCCUCAAUGGAAUGAAUUGCAGCCACCAUUUAAUGCAAACCACCCUCUGCUCCUCGCUGCAGAUGCAGUACAGUAUUAUCAGUUCCUGCUUGCUGGCCUGGUUCCCCCUGGAAGUCCUGGGCCCAUUACUCGACAUGGGUCUUACGACAGUUUAGCAUCUGACCAUAGUGGACAGGAAGAUGAAGAAUGGCUUUCCCAGGUUGAAAUUGUAACACACACUGGACCCCACAGACGUCUGUGGAUGGGUCCACAGUUCCAGUUCAAAACCAUCCAUCCCUCAGGCCAAACCACAGUCAUCUCAUCCAGUUCAUCUGUGUUGCAGUCUCAUGGUCCGAGUGACACGCCACAGCCUCUUUUGGAUUUUGAUACAGAUGAUCUUGAUCUCAACAGUCUCAGGAUCCAGCCAGUCCGCUCUGACCCAGUCAGCAUGCCAGGGUCAUCCCGUCCAGUCUCUGAUCGAAGGGGAGUUUCCACAGUGAUUGAUGCUGCCUCAGGUACCUUUGACCGCAGCGUGACCCUGCUGGAGGUGUGCGGGAGCUGGCCUGAGGGCUUCGGGCUGCGGCAUAUGUCCUCCAUGGAGCACACAGAGGAGGGCCUCCGGGAGCGACUUGCCGACGCCAUGGCCGAGUCACCCAGCCGGGACGUCGUGGGAUCCGGAACAGGGAAAAAAAAAGGAAAAAAAAAACAAUGCCAACAGCCCAGCGUCCGUGAGCAACCCAACAGUAACAAAGCAUGCGUUCGGGAUGGAGGAAGAACUUCAGCGAGAGGGAAGCAUCGAGACUCUGAGUAACAGCUCAGGCUCCACCAGCGGCAGCAUACCAAGAAACUUUGAUGGCUACCGAUCUCCGCUGCCCACCAAUGAGAGCCAGCCCCUCAGCCUCUUCCCGACUGGCUUCCCGUAGGUACCAGCAACCUGCUUCUGACUGGCCAGCCCCCUCCCCUGCUGGAGGAGGGGAGAAGUCCCGCUCUGGUCCUACCCUUCAGUCUCUGCUCUUCCUUCAUCAACCACCUUCCCCAAGCUUAGUGACAGCAGCCGCCCGUCCUACCUGGAUGGAGAAGAGACCCUUCUCCAAGCACCUCAGCGCACCUGCCCUCUGCCACACCUGUCGGUGGAGGCUGUGGCCAGGAGAGACUGCAGAAGCUCGGUCCCUGUGUAUGUUUGCAUAUGACAUCCUGCAUUGGAUCCGCUUUUGUAUUUUUUAACCAUACCCACGGUGGGGUGGGUGGGGGGGGCCUGGAACAGUGACCACAUCUGGGGGCCUGAGUGGGGACAGAAUUGAUGGUCCACCCGGCCAUCUUGACCCUGAGUGGACAGUCACAGCCUCAGCUCCUGUCUGGCUGUGACACACACUGCCCCCAGCUUCCCUUGGUCAGCCCCACUCCAGCACGGGGUGAACAGAGGCCCAGAGUACUAGGGAAGGAGGAAGGGGGGGAGAUGCCUCUUUUUCCUCCUUUCUUUCCCCAUCUGUUCAUGGGAAGUUUGUCUUUCUUAUCUUUAAGCCCCUUUACCCUGGUCCUGUACUGAUCAGUGAAGGAAACCGUGGUUACUGAGGCCCUGUCGAAAAGUGCACGUCUUGUCCAAUAAAUCACGCUGCAAUUGG